AUGGGGGUGGGGGGCCCUGGACCGAGAUGCAGAACCAUGGUCGGAGGGGGGGGGGACCCAGCGCAGUUUUUGAGAGUGAGGGUCCCUGGGGGCAGCGUUGCGUUGUGUUUGUGCUAUCUAGACAAAAAAGUCGAGGAGCCAGCAGGUGGUGGUGCAAGGGUGGCGCUCUUCAGCAAAGUUCAAGAUAGAAUGCGCCUUGGCCUGUUUCGAGGCCACAUUCAGACCUUGCUAAGGAGAAGUUUGUGCUCAGAAUUUUUGAGUCUCGGCAAGACGGCUGAACGAGAGAUGGCGGAGGAGGUCCUUGGCAUUCAGUGCUUUGUGAACGAUGUCCCAGGCUUUAGCGGCGUUCUGAAACACAGAUAUGCCGAUUUUUGUGUAAAUGAGGUGGAUCUGGAAGGGAAUGUGGUGCGACUGACAGACCUCCGGGCUCCAAAAGAGGUGGUAGCAGCCCCAGAUGCGAAGGACCUGCUCUUGCCCACUGACUUUGGGCGCCAAAGUCCGGUGCCUCCAGUAGCAACCACAGGCCCGCCCUCAGAUUCAGCAAAGACUGACGCACUCCUACCGUCCGCACCCGCCCCAUCCGACAGCGCAAAGCCCCCACAGACUGUUCCAUCAGCGAGUGCUGAAAUUGAGAAAGAUGCAACAGCGGUCGCCCAGACUAACGGUGACGAAGAGAAGGCCCCCGAAGACGAGGUCUCAACAGCGGUGGCAGCAUUCCGGGAGCUUGCGGGGGAACUAGACGCGGGGAAACUUGAGGCGCUGCUGCGGGCGGUGGGGGCGGGGCAGGCGGUGGAGCCACUUGUGCUGCAGCCGGAUGGGGACAAGGCGCACCGUACAUCCGUGCACAACUUCUUCAAAACGCGGCUGCCCAUGUUGGUCACAGAUACUGUCGACUUCAAGGGCGCGCGCUGCUUCGCCCCCUCCGACGGCAAGGUCCCCAACGAGGUGUCUCAGAAGAGCGUUCGCGUCUACCUCAACAAGAAGUGGAAGAAGGCCGGCGAAGCUGACAAGCGUGGCCGCAAGCGCCGCAACGAGGACGGGUCGGGAAGCGGGGACAAACGGCAAAAGGCCGACGACGUUCCGCUGGACAGCCGAGGGCAGAGUGGGUGGCCGAAGGAACGGCCGAAGCACGUGCGCUUUACGCUGUACAAGGAAAAUAAAGACAGCCACGAGGCGAUGGGCCUGAUUGGGAAGAUGUUAGGCGUGCUGCCGAAAGCGUUUGGGUAUGCGGGGACGAAGGAUAAGCGGGGCGUCACGGUGCAGCACGUGACGCUGCACAGGGUCACCGCGGAGAGGCUGGCAUUGCUCAACCCGCGCCUUUUCUCCAUCCAGCUGGGCAACUUCACGUAUGUACCGGAGGGCCUGUCGCUGGGUCAGCUGAGCGGGAAUCAGUUUGCAAUCACGCUGCGGAGUGUGCCCCUCGAGAGCCAGGAGCACGCCGUGGCUGCAGCGCAGGCCUUGCAACAGCACGGCUUCAUCAACUACUUCGGCCUACAGCGCUUUGGCACGGGCAGUGUGCGCACGCACGAGGUGGGCGCGGCGCUGCUGAAGGGCUCCUUCCAAGCGGCCGUCGAUCUGCUGCUCCGACCGCGCGCCGAGGAGCGGGCCGACGCCGCGGCCGCGCGGGCCUACUUUGCCCGGACACGAGACGCGGGGGGCACGCUGGCGCGGAUGCCGCACUACAUGAACGCGGAGAGGAGCCUGCUGCAGCGGCUGAGAACGGCGCCGCACGACUGGGUUGGGGCGCUCGCGUGUAUACCCAGGACGUUGAGGAUGAUGUACGUGCACGCGUAUCAGAGCUUCCUGUGGAACCAUGCCGCCACGCACCGCAUCAUGCUCUAUGGGGCCGAGCGUGCGGUGGAGGGCGACCUCGUGUUCGAGAGCGAGCAGGGCGCGGUCGCCCCGGCUAGCGAUCCCAGCCCCGAGGGGGAUGCUGUAGCGGAAGACACCGUGGAUGCGGACGUGCCGGCCAGCCACAGGGUCAAGCACGUGAGCAAGGAAGAGGCUGAGGCUGGCGCGUACAACAUCGCGGACGUGUUGCUGCCACUGCCGGGAGGCGCGACGCAGUAUCCGCAGCACGAGACGGCUGACGUAUACCGCGACGUGGCAGCACAGCACGGGGUGAAUCUGCAGAAGUGCACGCACAAUGUCAAAGAGUACUCAAUUGCGUAUCUCACGGGGGGGUACCGCAAGCUGCUGCAGAAGCCCCGCGACCUGGAGUGGCAGCUCAUCCGCUACUCGGACCCCGACCAGCCUCUGUGGCCCACCGCCAUUGACCGCAUCGCCGCCCAGCCAAACGCCCCGACGUGGUUAGGGCGCUUUAGGCAGAACAAAGCGUCCGAGAGCGGGCAAGCCGCAAAUGAACAGACCGACGUGUUGACUGCCCUACGAAACUCAUUCGUCGUAGUUCGAGGGGGGAUCGCAAGCGAGCAAGAGGGGGCUGCAUCGACCAGAGGGCUUGCACCAAGUUCGGAAGAGGAAGGGAAGCGUAUCGAUAGCGCCGCACGAAUAGGCGGGCGCGAAGAGGGUAAACCGGAAGCAGGAAACGGCGCCAGGGAAGCUGCCGCAAUGCCGGAAACAGUGUCGGCACGGGCGGAACGCGACAGUGCUGAGGAGCCCAGCACAGCUCCGAAGGCUACGGAGUUGUCGGACAUGGUCAAGAAAGAGGACGUCGGUGCCGAGAGGGCAGAGGCGCAGCGCGGGCCUGGUUCCAAACACGCGGACCCUGCUCUGGGCCCGCACCUGGCGCUACAGAUCAAGAUGACGCUGCCGUCGUCGUGCUACGCGACCAUGGCCAUCCGGGAACUGCUCAAAACGUCCACCGCAAAAGACUUCCACAAGGACUUGCAAAAAGAAAGUAACAAGUGAGUAGACUCACAUUCGAAGGCCUGUGACGCAAAUGUGGUGAGGCGCAGGUACGAGGCCCUUUAUUUUUCGGUUCAAGAGACUCGCUCGUUUGUUUGAAGUCAGGCCUUUACGAGCAGCCGGCUUAGAUUUGUGUACGACCACUGAUACGAUGAGUUAACCGAGCGAAGGUUGUAACACUUAACUCUGGCUUCGGCAUCAUGCGGCACACUGACGUGCCCGCCUAGGCCCGGCCGCGUCUCAAUAAUGGAAUCUUCACUGCCAACUGAUCACCAGCAGACGCCGUCGCACGAUUGAGCCUAUUUAGCACCGGGUAGGCUGCACUCAUGUACGUCCAAGCAUUAAUUCCAAUCCAA